AUGGCUCGAGGUGGUGACCCGGAAAACACGCCGGAAGGCUUCUCUAAAUGCCUUAAGCCGACAACGGCCGUCCUCCCUCUUCGGUCAAUGCCCCCACGACAAUCUAUAGCUCCUGCGUUAGCUGCUCCCGCGAAAACUACAGAUAGCGCACCAAAGGCAAAAUUAGUACCAAAACCAGCCCAGGAGCUCAGCCCACUAGGUCCCGUCAUGAUCACCCACUACAGCAAGACCCAGCAGGAAAAGGCGCGCACCCUUUUUGCAAAAUACGGCCUGACCAUCGACACCGGCGACUGGAAGACACCCCCGGACCCCCAGCUAGCCCGCGUAAUGAAGCCAAUCCGCAUGCGAGUGCGCCGUACCUGCCACCGCUGCGAGACCACCUUCGGGGCAGAGAAGAUUUGCAUCAAUUGCCAGCAUACCCGCUGCACAAAGUGUCCUCGAGACCCAGCUGCCCGCAACAAGGAUGGCGACAGCUCAAUGCGCAAGCCCAUGCUUCCAGAGACCUACGUCCACCAACCCCACUUACUCCCCAGGACCUCGCACCUCAAGCUCAGCACCACGAGGGUGAUUUCCAUCACGAUGUCGUCGCCCACCGGCGGCCAGGAUUUCAUUCAUCGGCCAGUGCGCCAGCGGGUCCACCGCUACUGUCACCUCUGUACCUCGGUCUUUACCUCUGGCUCCAAAGAAUGCUCGAGUUGCAGCCAUGUGCGCUGCAAGAUUUGCCCACGGGAUCCGGCUAAGCUCAACAAAUAUCCGGAUGGCUAUGCGGGGGAUGUUGAUCCACCCAAGCCUAGACCGGAGCGCACGUUCAAGAAGCCUCGUUGCAGAGUCCAUUAUGAAUGUCAUGUCUGUGAAGCUUGUUUCCCGGGGAAUUCAAGUUCUUGUGCGAAAUGUGGUCAAGCGAAGUGUGAUGAAACGAAACGAAUUCCGCCUAAAAAGGACAAACCAGAUUCCAGCCCUGAGGUUCGGAUCAUUCUCAAGGGCAUUGAAGAAAAGCUAGCCCAGAUGGCGCUUCAGCACACUCCAGACAUUGUUGAAGCGACGGCUUGGGCUUAG